GCCGGGAGCGGAUCAUGAAGAGAAGACUUCUUCUGGUAUCUAACUCCACUCUUCAUGUAGGAAGAUAUCUUCAACACUGCAAGCAGCAGAUCCAAGACUUUUUUUGGAAAGUAAGGAAGAGGAUCCUGUUUGUCCCAUAUGUACUACAUGAUCGAGACACCUAUACCAAGACUGCCAGAGACAAGUUCAAGACAUUGGGCUAUGAGGUGGACAGUGUCCAUGAGACACCAGACCCUGUGGACGCCGUUAGGAAAGCUGAAGGAAUAUUAAUAGGUGGCGGUAACACAUUCCGCCUGCUGAAAGCUCUCUAUUACAACAAGCUGGUAACUGAGAUUAGAAAAAGAGUUUUAGAGGAUGGGAUACCUUACAUGGGAUCAAGUGCAGGUACCAAUGUCUCCACCAUCAGCAUCAACACCACCAAUGACAUGCCCGUCGUCUAUACACCCACAUUUGCUGCCAUUGGUUUAGUGCCCUUCAACAUUAACCCUCACAAUCUGGAUCCUGAUCCCAGCAGCAAACAUAUGGGGGAAACACGUGAACAGAGAAUUAUCCAAUACCACGAGGAGCCGGACACACCAUGUGUGCUGGGUCUUCGGGAAGGCUCGAUGCUCUUAGUGGAGGGAAACAAUGCCACCUUACUUGGGUGCACCAAAGCACGACUGUUCCAGAGGGGGACGCAAACUACAGGUUAUGAACCGGGCAGUGAUCUCAGCUUCUUACGAACAGAUGCACAGUGAGCUUCUACAUUAUGUACAAUGCAAACAUUUUUACAAUAAAUGAUAAAAUCCACAAUUAAUUUUACAGUUCUUAAUUUUCUUCAUCACAAGCGCAGAACUUAUUUACAGCGGUUUUGUUUCAAGUACACAAGGACAAAAACUAUGGAAGCACUGUAGAAUUUAAAGAUGAUUAUUCUUGAAUUUAAAGCCUGCAGUUGGUUAUUCAUCAACCAGAUAAUUGUUAACAGCUAAACAAGUCCUGUGAGGUCAAGUUCAUCACUGUAGAUUAGAAAACUGUGUUAUGAUAACAGGAGCUUUAGACACCAGAAAUAAAAUUCCAGCAAAGUCCAGCUAUAUUCAUAAGACCAACUACCAAAACAAACAAACAAAACAAUUCCUACUACAUCAGUAUAUUGGUUUAUUGAAAUACAAAAGCAUUAACAGCAUGUUGCUAAACAAAAUUGGGGGAAAAAAA